ACUGUUGUCAUUCUUUGUUCAUUUUCCUAUCCUGACAAACACGUAGUACAGGAAGUCAUGUGGGGACACAAUAAAAAUAUUUUUGCAGGUCCGUUCAUUUAUCACAGUGGCUCAAAUAGCUCUUCACGAUUUCAGUAUGUUGGUAACAAACGGAAUAACUGUUCACUGCAAAUACACCAAGUGGAGCAAGGUGAUAAAGGAAAAUAUGCCUUUAGAUUUACAACCAACUCCACAAAGGGCCAAUGGACUGGUAAAAGUGGGUCAACACUAAAAAUUGUUGAUUUUAACAUUUCCAUGACGAAACUCAAAAGACACGAAUCAAUCCAGGAAGGCGACUCUGUGAAUCUUACUUGCACAGACAGAUGUGAUGCUGGCAACUUCUCAUCUGUCUUCACCUGGUUUAAGAAUGGAGAAUACCUGCAGGAUGGACGAGUGCUUCAAUUAGGAAAUGUCUCCUUCACAAACUCUGGAAACUACACUUGUUCUCUAAAAACAAGCACAGGAACAACUUCAGGAGUCCUACAUGUUGAUGUUGAAUACGGCCCCAGGAACACAUCAGUUUCUGUCACACCAUCAACAGAGACCCUGAUCUGCCACAGCCAUGCAAACCCAGCAGUGGAGAACUAUACCUGGUUUAAAAUAUAUAAUGAUCACAUUUCAGCAGCAGGACACCAACGUGAACUACAUUUGAAGAAGGAUUUUCAGGGCGAUCACAACUAUUUCUGCAUGGCUACAAACAAAUACGGGAGUCACAACUCCUCUACAGUGCUGUUAAGGGGCAAAGUAUACUGGUGGACAGGCACCACAGAUCAGAUUGCUAUCUGUACUUCUAUUGCUGCACUCCUCAUCGUGGUCACUGUUGUUGCCAUCAGAAGACAGUGCACAAAAAGGACAGAGUCACAAGAAAAUGAAAAUGAGAAUACGCACUACUGCAACUAUCCCGUGGUUGACAUGAGCCAGUCAGAAGAGGAAGAAGUCAUGCACUCAACGAUCGUUUUUAAAAGCAGAACAAAAGCAUGCGUGGAGCAGAAGAUGGACUCUACUAAUGAUGAUGACUGUACCAUUUACAGCACACUGUACAGCCAUCACCCAGUGCCUGCAGGAGCCUGCAUGUAGACUUCAAAUGUCAGCGGAACAAGCCUGCUGUGCUGAGGGCCACUUGUUCUGAUGUAUGAAAGGAUCUGCUGCUCCAGUGCUUCUACU